CUGUGGAGCAAACGGUAAGCCCAAAAAGGUCCGGAUAACAUUUCAUCCUCUCGAAAGUCGGCUGACAGCCAGCCCAGGUUCUUCCUCCACUCCUUGCUCUUCUGUUUUAUGUUCUACACAUUUUUCUCCGGUCAAUUCAUCCAACGAAAAAGAAAUCAGUCGAAACCCUGGAAUUGGAUCCAAACCCUACAAUCUUCAUCGUUUCUCUCUUUCGCCGUUCUUCACCGUUUUUACGAUGGUAGAGAAUUCCAGUUCCAAAAGGCAGAAGAUAGUGGAGCAAUCCUCUGGUUCGGCGUCAGCUUCUCCUCCGCCGUCUACGGUCGCAUUUGAGAAUCCUUUACUUCCUCUCGCUUCGUAUGAGGACGACGAUGACGAGGAGGAUGACAAGAGAGGAGGGAACCUCAAUAGGGUUUUGAGCGGGGGCACAGGAUCAGAGCCGAAUGGCAAUACUCACAAGGAAGAAUAUGAUGAAGAAGAAGAUGACGAUGAUACUCUUAUGGUGGGAACUCGUGGAAAGCGCAGUCGAGCUGUUGAAGUGAGAAGGGACUGUCCUUACCUUGAUACUGUUAAUCGACAGGUUUUGGAUUUUGACUUUGAGAGGUUUUGCUCAGUUUCCCUUUCCAAUUUGAACGUUUACGCAUGUUUAGUUUGUGGGAAGUACUACCAGGGAAGAGGCCAAAAAUCUCAUGCAUAUACUCACAGUCUUGAAGCUGGACACCAUGUCUACAUCAAUCUUCGGACAGAGAAAGUUUAUUGCCUCCCUGAUGGAUAUGAGAUUGUUGACCCAUCAUUGGAUGACAUUCGACAUGUUCUUAACCCAAGGUUCACCAGGGAACAAGUUUUGCACCUUGACAAGAAUAAGCAAUGGUCUAGGGCACUUGAUGGAUCAGAUUAUCUACCUGGAAUGGUGGGGCUGAACAACAUAAAGGAAACAGAUUUUGUUAAUGUCACUAUUCAGUCCUUAAUGCGUGUUACUCCUCUGAGGAACUUUUUUCUUAUCCCUGAAAACUAUCAGCACAGCAAAUCUCCACUAGUCCAUCGAUUUGGAGAGCUCACUCGAAAAAUUUGGCAUGCAAGGAACUUUAAGGGACAGGUUAGUCCACAUGAGUUCUUACAAGCAGUUAUGAAAGCCAGUAAGAAACGGUUUCGAAUUGGUGCGCAGUCUGACCCUGUUGAGUUUAUGUCAUGGCUUCUUAAUACACUGCAUGCAGAUCUCAAAGGUUCAAAGAAAAGUGGCAGCAUUAUCCACCAAUGCUUUCAGGGAGAACUGGAGGUAGUGAAAGAAAGCCAUAGCAAACCCAUUGUUGAGAAAAAGGUAGAUGGAGAUGCAGUAAUUAAUGGUAAUGGUGUAGAUACUGGAUCCGAGGUGCAUAGUUCUUUUACAGAAAGUACCAGAAUGCCGUUCUUAAUGCUUGGUCUAGAUUUGCCACCCCCGCCACUCUUCAAAGAUGUUAUGGAGAAAAACAUCAUCCCCCAGGUUCCACUUUUCAACAUUCUGAAAAAGUUUGAUGGUGAGACUGUGACAGAAGUUGUGCGACCUAGGAUGGCAAGGAUGAAAUAUCGUGUUACAAAAUUGCCACCUUACUUAAUUCUCCACAUGCGACGUUUUACGAAGAAUAAUUUCUUUGUGGAGAAAAAUCCUACCCUUGUUAAUUUUCCCGUGAAGAACCUGGAGCUCAAGGACUACAUUCCACUUCCUGCACCCAAACAGAAUGAAAGACUACGCUCCAAGUACGAUUUGAUUGCCAACAUAGUUCAUGAUGGUAAACCAGGUGAAGGAUCAUACCGGGUUUUUGUACAGCGGAAGUCUGAAGAAUUAUGGUAUGAGAUGCAAGAUCUGCAUGUUACAGAAACUCUCCCCCAGAUGGUAGCACUGUCGGAAGCAUAUAUGCAGAUAUACGAGCAGCAGCAGCAGCAGCAGCAGCAGAUUUAAAGAAGCUUGACAACAAUGAUCUGUGGGCUCUCAGCAAAGAAGCUUGAUUUCAUCGGUGUGACCGUUACCCAGUAACUCGUGAGCAGGUCGACAAGUGCUACUUGCCACGUGACUGUUGAUGUCGUCUUCAUACAAACAUUUAACAAAAAUGUAGCAAGAAUGCAAAGUUAGAUGGUUUCAAUCAGUUGUGUACUUAUUUCUUAGGUCAGAUUCCGUUGAUCUAGAUUUAGUUUCGAAAGGCUAUGUACUAAGGGAUCAGGGGCUUCUGCUGGUCAAGUUUGUGGCCUGGAUUGGGCCGCAUAGCUCAGCUCAAUUUGGUCCCGUUGCGUGGAUUUCUUGUUCCCAAAUUUGACAGCCCAAAUCUGGGCAAGUUUAGGGCAGUCCCUGCAAACCCACUCCCGUAUUAAAUGCUGCUAGUACAAGGCUAAAGAUUCUAGCA